UCUGGGCGAGCCCUUCUACGGCGGCCGAUGUGCGGCAAACCUAGCGGAGCGCAAGCGAAAAUGGCAGCCCCCUUAGAAGUAUGCCAUGUCGCUUGCUGUGCCAACCGCGCUGGAUCCGGCGUGGUCUCAUGGGCAAGAGGGGGACUUCUGGCUUUCGGUUCGUGUCGUUCUGUCAUCCUUUACGACCCAGAGAAAAGAAAAGUGAUUGCUACAUUGAAUGGUCACACCGAAAGGGUUAAUUGUGUGCAAUGGAUUCGCAAUAAUGAUCGAUCUUCUGAUACAGAAUUGAUUUCUGGGGGGUCAGACAAGCAGCUUAUCCUUUGGGAAAUACAAAAUGAGAAGCUUGUGAACUGCACUCAUUUUGAAGGUCACACUGAGGCAGUUUGCGCAGUGGAUGCUCUUUACAUGACAGAGGAGCCUACAGAAGAAUCAGUUUUACUGGCAGCCUCUGCAGCUUCCGAUUCUACUGUCAGAAUUUGGUUAAAAAAAGGAGCAGAAGUUAAUUGUCUUCAGACACUUUUGUUUGGAAAUGGAUUUGCAAUGGAUGUUUCUUUGUCCUUCUUGCCUGGCAGUAACAUACCAAUUUUGUCUUGUGGUGGAGAUGACUGCAAAAUUCACUUGUACAUCCAGGAGGCUGGCCAGUUUCAGAAAAGUUUGGUACUCCAUGGCCAUGAAGACUGGAUAAGAGGAGUUGAAUGGGCAGUUUAUGAUGGAGCUCUUUUCUUAGCAAGCUGUGCUCAAGAUUGUCUGAUAAGGAUCUGGAAGAUACAUGUAACUUCAUCACUUAUGGAAGACCAAGAUGAGGACAUAAUUAAACUGAAGGAGAACAUUUUCACUGUGAAACAUAGGAGUGGUUCAGAAAUAUCUUUUGCUGUAACAUUGGAUUCUGUCUUAGCUGGACAUGAAAACUGGGUCUGUGCUGUUCAUUGGCAGCCUUCAUUUUUCAAAGAUGGCAGGAUGGAACAGCCAAUGAAGUUGCUGUCUGCUUCAAUGGACAAAACUGUAAUCCUGUGGGCUCCAGAUGAUGAAUCCGGGGUGUGGUUGGAGCAGGUCCGAAUAGGAGAAGUAGGUGGAAAUACCCUUGGAUUUUUUGACUGCCACUUCAGCCCUGAUGGCUCGAUGAUUCUUGCUCAUGCAUUCCAUGGAGCCCUGCAUCUUUGGAAACAGACUCCAGCAAACAAGAGAGAAUGGGCUCCGGCUGUGAUGAUUUCGGGACAUUUCAACAGUGUGCAAGAUGUGAAGUGGGAUCCAGAGGGAGAAUUUAUAAUCUCUGUUGGUUCUGACCAAACAACAAGAAUCUUUGCUCCAUGGAAGAGGGAGAACAAAGCGGAGGUAUCUUGGCAUGAAGUGGCAAGGCCCCAAGUCCAUGGAUAUGACAUGCAGUGUCUAGCAAUGAUUGGGCGAUUUAAGUUUGUGUCUGGAGCAGAUGAGAAAGUGCUUCGAGUAUUUACUGCACCUAGGAAUUUCAUGGAAAACUUCAGCAACAUUUCUGGCGUAUCUCUGGAGAAACUAUACUCUGAGGAAAUUGUUGAUCUACCUGAAGGGGCUACUGUACCAGCCCUGGGGUUGUCUAAUAAAGCAGUCUUUCAAGCUGGUGAUAUGGCAGUACAGGCAGCUGAGGAGGAGGAAGAACUUAGUCGUGUCUCCAGUCAAUAUCAUGACAAUUACUUUCAGCCAUGUAGUCUGACAGAACCUCCCACAGAAGAUCAUCUCUUGCAGAACACACUGUGGCCUGAAACCCAAAAGUUAUAUGGCCAUGGCUAUGAAGUGUUUUGUGUAGCCUGCAAUCAUGCAAAAACUCUGAUUGCCUCAGCAUGUAAGGCUUCCAAGAAAGAACAUGCCGCAGUUAUUUUGUGGAACACUAGGACUUGGAAGCAGCUGCAGAGCCUACGUUUCCACAACCUGACAGUAACACAACUUUCAUUUUCCCCUAACGAUAAAUUCUUACUAGCAGUUUCAAGAGACAGGAAGUGGUCACUUUGGAAGUAUAAAGAUAUUGAUGUUACAGAACCAGGACCAGCUUUCAGCCUCUUUGCUUCUACAGACCAAAACACUCCUGGGCACAGUCGCAUCAUUUGGUCCUGUGACUGGACCCCUGACAGCAAAUAUUUCAUUACUGGAAGCAGAGACAAGAAGGUCAUGAUAUGGGGCAACUGUUGUUCUGCAGAAGAGAAUAAAGAGAAUGACUUGGAUGUAAUCCAGCUCUGUUCAUCUGUCCUGGAUGUUGGAGAUUCUGUCACUGCUGUUAGCGUUAGUCAUGUCCUGGCACCAGAUCGGAGCUAUAUCAUUGCAAUAGGAACAGAAGGUGGGAAGAUUCACUUAUACAAAUGGAAGCCAGGAGACGAGAAGUUGCCACUCUCUGACUGGACCAAAUGUGUCGAAACAGAUAACAGCCAAAGCCACACUCUUGUUGUCAAGCAGCUGUGCUGGAGAAAAUGCGUGGGCAGAGCUGGGCAGGAGGACACAGCGGAGAGCUCCGAGUGGCUGCAGCUGGCGAGCGGUGGGGCCGACUCCUGCGUCAAGAUCUUCAAUAUUAAUAGACACAGCCUUUAAACCAUGACUUCUGGUCAGAUGGUCUGACUUCUUGACAUGUCUGAAUAUCAUCCAUUUUUCUCAAAUGGCUUCUUGAAAUCAUCCAUAUUUUUUAUCUGACACACGUUUGAAUUGAGCUUAUUUAUUAAAGUAGUGUGAGAGGACAUAAUGUUUUUAAGGAUUUUGUACACAUAAGUCAUUACUAAUGGUCUAUCCUUUAUGAAAAGAUACCCCUUUCCUUCCCAAAUAUUUUAGGGCUAGCUGCCUCCCUAUUUUCUCCUUAAGAUGCCCAUGGAAAGACCUCAUGAACUUUCUUUAGAUGUCCACCUAUCUGGAAUAGAAGUGGGGAAAGCAAAAGGCUUAAGCUGGGAAGGGGAGAACUGCUUUUUCCAACUAUGUUCCUAUUUUGUAGGAAAAGCAGGUGCAUUUUUGUAUUCCGCCCAGAUGUUCAGCCCAGUUUUCAUGAGUGUUAUACUUUGCCGAGCAAAGCUAUAUGGUUUUCAUUUCACCUGGGUCCCAAUCAUUGCACAUUUUUAAUUUAAAUGACAUUUUAAAUUGAUCUUCAGAUACACAGAUGCUUACUGAAGUUGUGGCAUCACAGUAUUUAUUGGAUUCCUUAAUUACUGGAACUUGCAAAAGGGGUGGAGAUCCUACCUACCUAUCAGAGAAAAGAGAUUCCCCAUUCACACCUUUCACCCUUACGACAUUCAGGAUUUUCAAAAGCUUUGAUAGGCAUUCCUAGGGGAGGAAAGGACAAAUCUUCCUUUUCCUGACGCUCCUGUGAUCCUCUCUGAAACUCUAUCCUUUCUCUUAUUACAGUCUUUAUCAGCGACCACUUUUUGGAAGCCUAAUGGCAGUUUUCCCGUGGUGGUCAUGGCUUAGGAGGGAUGGGCUAAUACUCCCUUCCCUGAUACUGUGUGUGGUUGUUACCUGCUGUCAAGUUGCUUCUGACUCAUGGCCAUCCUAUGAAUUAGUGGCCCGCAAAAACUCCUGUCAUUAGCAGCUCUGCUCAGUGCUUGCAAACAAGGUUGUGGUUUCCUUUAUUACGUUAAUCCAUUCAUUAUAUGGUCUUUUUCUUUUCCUGUUCCUUCAACUUUUUGUAGCAUAAUUAUCCUUUCUGGUAACUCUUCUCACGAUGUGCCCAAAGUACAAUACCCUCAGCUUAGUUAAUUUCGGUUCUAGAGAGAGUUUAGACUUCAUUUGAUCUAGCGCCCAAUUAUUCAUCUUUUUGGCACUCCGUGGUAUCAGUAAAGCUCUUUUUCCAGCACCGUGUUUCAAAUGAAUGAAUUUUUUUCCUCUCAGCUUUCUUCACUGUCCACAUCCAUGCAUAAUUAUAAGGAAUACCACAGUCAAGGGGAAGAUAUGGAGGCAGUGACAGAUUUUACCUUCUUGGGCUCCAUGAUCACUG